AUGGAAAUAACCAAGUAUGUAUUUCGAAAUCUGACUAAGAUCUACUUUUCAAAGUUCGAAAAAUAUGAGUGCAAAACGUCACCUCCUGAUACGUCACAUUCUGAUACGUCCCCUCCUGAUACGUCACCUCCUGAUACGUCACCUCCUGAUACGUCACAUUCUGAUACGUCACCUCGUGAUACGUCCCCUCCUGAUACGUCACCUCCUGAUACGUCCCCUCCUGAUACGUCACCUCCUGAUACGUCACAUUCUGAUACGUCACCUCGUGAUACGUCCCCUCCUGAUACGUCCCCUCCUGAUACGUCACAUUCUGAUACGUCACCUCCUGAUACGUCACCUCCUGAUACGUCACCUCCUGAUACGUCACCUCCUGAUACGUCACCUCCUGAUACGUCCCCUCCUGAUACGUCACCUCCUGAUACGUCACCUCCUGAUACGUCACAUUCUGAUACGUCACCUCCUGAUACGUCACCUCCUGAUACGUCACCUCCUGAUACGUCCCCUCCUGAUACGUCCCCUCCUGAUACGUCACCUCCUGAUACGUCACCUCCUGAUACGUCACAUUCUGAUACGUCCCCUCCUGAUACGUCACCUCCUGAUACGUCACCUCCUGAUACGUCACAUUCUGAUACGUCACCUCGUGAUACGUCCCCUCCUGAUACGUCACCUCCUGAUACGUCACCUCCUGAUACGUCACCUCCUGAUACGUCACAUUCUGAUACGUCACCUCCUGAUACGUCACCUCCUGAUACGUCACCUCCUGAUACGUCACCUCCUGAUACGUCCCCUCCUGAUACGUCACCUCCUGAUACGUCACCUCCUGAUACGUCACAUUCUGAUACGUCACCUCCUGAUACGUCACCUCCUGAUACGUCACCUCCUGAUACGUCCCCUCCUGAUACGUCACCUCCUGAUACGUCACAUUCUGAUACGUCCCCUCCUGAUACGUCACCUCCUGAUACGUCACCUCCUGAUACGUCACAUUCUGAUACGUCACCUCCUGAUACGUCCCCUCCUGAUACGUCACAUUCUGAUACGUCCCCUCCUGAUACGUCCCCUCCUGAUACGUCACAUUCUGAUACGUCACCUCCUGAUACGUCACCUCCUGAUACGUCACCUCCUGAUACGUCACAUUCUGAUACGUCACCUCCUGAUACGUCACCUCCUGAUACGUCCCCUCCUGAUACGUCACCUCCUGAUACGUCACAUUCUGAUACGUCCCCUCCUGAUACGUCACCUCCUGAUACGUCCCCUCCUGAUACGUCACCUCCUGAUACGUCCCCUCCUGAUACGUCACAUUCUGAUACGUCACAUUCUGAUACGUCCCCUCCUGAUACGUCACCUCCUGAUACGUCCCCUCCUGAUACGUCACAUUCUGAUACGUCACAUUCUGAUACGUCACCUCCUGAUACGUCACAUUCUGAUACGUCACAUUCUGAUACGUCCCCUCCUGAUACGUCCCCUCCUGAUACGUCCCCUCCUGAUACGUCACAUUCUGAUACGUCACCUCCUGAUACGUCACCUCCUGAUACGUCACCUCCUGAUACGUCACCUCCUGAUACGUCACCUACUGAUACGUCACCUCCUGAUACGUCACCUCCUGAUACGUCACAUUCUGAUACGUCACCUCCUGAUACGUCACAUUCUGAUACGUCACAUUCUGAUACGUCACAUUCUGAUACGUCACCUCCUGAUACGUCACAUUCUGAUACGUCACAUUCUGAUACGUCACAUUCUGAUACGUCACCUCCUGAUACGUCACCUCCUGAUACGUCACCUCCUGAUACGUCACAUUCUAAUACGUCACCUCCUGAUACGUCCCCUCCUGAUACGUCCCCUCCUGAUACGUCACCUCCUGAUACGUCACCUCCUGAUACGUCACCUCCUGAUACGUCACAUUCUGAUACGUCACCUCCUGAUACGUCACAUUCUGAUACGUCACCUCCUGAUACGUCCCCUCCUGAUACGUCACCUCCUGAUACGUCACAUUCUGAUACGUCACCUCCUGAUACGUCACAUUCUGAUACGUCCCCUCCUGAUACGUCACCUCCUGAUACGUCCCCUCCUGAUACGUCACAUUCUGAUACGUCACAUUCUGAUACGUCCCCUCCUGAUACGUCACAUUCUGAUACGUCACCUCCUGAUACGUCACCUCCUGAUACGACCCCUCCUGAUACGUCACCUCCUGAUACGUCACAUUCUGAUACGUCACCUCCUGAUACGUCACAUUCUGAUACGUCACCUCCUGAUACGUCACAUUCUGAUACGUCCCCUCCUGAUACGUCACCUCCUGAUACGUCACCUCCUGAUACGUCCCCUCCUGAUACGUCACCUCCUGAUACGUCACCUCCUGAUACGUCCCCUCCUGAUACGUCACCUCCUGAUACGUCCCCUCCUGAUACGUCACCUCCUGAUACGUCACAUUCUGAUACGUCCCCUCCUGAUACGUCCCCUCCUGAAACGUCACCUCCUGAUACGUCCCCUCCUGAUACGUCACCUCCUGAUACGUCACAUUCUGAUACGUCCCCUCCUGAUACGUCACCUCCUGAUACGUCACCUCCUGAUACGUCCCCUCCUGAUACGUCACCUCCUGAUACGUCACCUCCUGAUACGUCACCUCCUGAUACGUCACCUCCUGAUACGUCACCUCCUGAUACGUCACCUCCUGAUACGUCACAUUCUGAUACGUCACCUCCUGAUACGUCACAUUCUGAUACGUCACCUCCUGAUACGUCACAUUCUGAUACGUCCCCUCCUGAUACGUCACCUCCUGAUACGUCACCUCCUGAUACGUCCCCUCCUGAUACGUCACCUCCUGAUACGUCACCUCCUGAUACGUCCCCUCCUGAUACGUCACCUCCUGAUACGUCACCUCCUGAUACGUCCCCUCCUGAUACGUCACCUCCUGAUACGUCACCUCCUGAUACGUCACCUCCUGAUACGUCCCCUCCUGAUACGUCACCUCCUGAUACGUCACAUUCUGAUACGUCACAUUCUGAUACGUCACCUCCUGAUACGUCCCCUCCUGAUACGUCACAUUCUGAUACGUCACCUCCUGAUACGUCACCUCCUGAUACGACCCCUCCUGAUACGUCACCUCCUGAUACGUCACCUCCUGAUACGUCACAUUCUGAUACGUCACCUCCUGAUACGUCACAUUCUGAUACGUCCCCUCCUGAUACAUCACAUUCUGAUACGUCACCUCCUGAUACGUCACCUCCUGAUACGUCCCCUCCUGAUACGUCACCUCCUGAUACGUCACCUCCUGAUACGUCACCUCCUGAUACGUCACAUUCUGAUACGUCACCUCCUGAUACGUCACCUCCUGAUACGUCCCCUCCUGAUACGUCACAUUCUGAUACGUCACCUCCUGAUACGUCACCUCCUGAUACGUCCCCUCCUGAUACGUCACAUUCUGAUACGUCACCUCCUGAUACGUCACCUCCUGAUACGUAA